UAUAUGAAUCGCGUUUCAUAUACAGACGUAUUUGUCUCCUUUGGCUUGCCGUAGUGUUGUCAUUGAAAAGUGUCAUGGUGGCGUUUAGCACCAAGAAUGUGCAUUUUACCUGCAGAAAACGAUCUGAGUCAUUCAAACUCGUUGGUGUGGUUUGUUAUGGUCUUUUCUAGCGACCGCGACUGUCGGACACAACAUAACGCGCACGUCGAGCAGUUUAAGCGCUCAUUAAAUAACGCUUUCGCGUGAAUGUGCGGCAGCUGCGAGCGCAAGUGCGCUGGUUUGUCCCUGUCAUCAUGUGUGACACGCAGCGCGAUGAGGAACUGCGGCCGGUUCCUAAAGAGAGAGCCGUGCUCGAGAGCUUCUUCACACAGCUCGGGAUGUUCUGGUUUGACAGGGCGAAGGAUUAUGUGGAGAAGGAGAAGGACUCCAGUAAGAGUGCAGGAGCCAUCUGGGCGUCUCUGCUGGCCGCUCUCGCACACCUGGCAGCCGCAGAGAAAGCCUACCACAACAUGACCUUCCUCGGCCAGAAACUAGGUGGUCAGUCAUUCUUCAGCCGUAAGGAUUCCAUCAGAACCAUCUAUACGUCUCUUCAAAACGAACUGAAGAAGGUGGUCUCCAUGGGCCGCCACACAUCCGGAGGCUCGUCUCCCAACCUGGAGGACCUCCUGUCUCAUCUGUCCGAGCAGCUGUGUCACUUCACGCAGGCCAGGGUGGAGAUCGCAGACUUCUACGAGAAGAUGCACUCUCUGGGUAGCCAGAAGACUGUGAACUCUGAGGAGCUCGUGAGCACGCUGGAGGCCAUUUUGCAGAAGUACAGUUCCAGAUUCCACCACCCAAUCCUGAGCCGUCUGGAGAACAGCUUCCAGGUGGAGGUGGACGUGUUGACUCAGCUCCUGCGAUGCCAGGCCCAGAUCUCCGCGUGGCAUUUCCUUCCGUCUCUGCUGAACCUGCACGGCGCCCAUUCCAAACUGCAGGCAUGGGGGCAGGUGUUCGAACGCCAACGAGAGACCAGGAAACACCUCUUCGGGGGCCAAUCCCAGAAGGCCGUGCUGCCGCCGCACCUCUAUCUGUGGCUGCAGCGCCUUCAAGCGACACUCCUAGCCAAGUUUAGUUUCUACUUCCAUGAGGCUCUUAACCGGCAGACGUCACAGUCCGAAAUGAAAACCCUGACGGCUCGCACCUCCCUCGAUUACUUCGGCAAGAUCUCUGGCUUUAUUCGCAAGCACGACGCUUCGAACGUCUCCUUGGUCUUCGACAACCGUGGCUCCGAGAGCUUCCAGGGACACGGAUACCACCAUCCGCACUCGUACCGUGAAGCCCCCAAAGGCGUGGACCAGUUUCCGGCCGUCGUGUCGCUUCCAGGCGGUGAAAGGCCGGUCACGCACUGGCCCAACGUCAUCAUGAUCAUGAGCGACCGCGCCACGGAGCUCAACGCUCUGGAUAAGGUGGUCCACUUUUACGACGAUAAAGUCCAGAGCACUUACUUCCUCACGCGACCCGAGCCGCACUUCACCGUGGUGGUGAUCUUCGACGGGAGGAAGUCCGAGAGGGACUCGCACAUCGUGGCAUUCCUGCAGGAGCUGACGGGAUCGCUGAGGAACUCCAAACCCUUCACUACACUCAAACCUGGCUCCAAGGGAUGAACUUCACCAUGUACUAUUUUCAACCCAAAUAUAGUUUGUUUUAAAAGGAGGUUUCAGGUCAAUAUCAGUUGCUAACGCUCUUGUAUUCACCGUGCUGCUGAAACCGUUUUAUCCUUUUCCCUUUGAACAGUUAUUAAAGAGGUCCAAGCGCUUCAUGAUUCAGACACUUUCAGACCAAAGACGAAUAUCACAGCUGUGAACAUUUGUCUCUUUUUUUUAUGUGCUCG